AUGUGGAAAGUAUAUUCGAAGAUACAUUCUGGCGAACCGGAAAUGGCGAAUCGUUUGCAGUUCAUGACGUCACUGGUCAUUCACCCAGAAGGACUUCUGCUACAGUUCUUUUCCUCAUUUCCAGAUUCACCCUGGCCUUUCCCAAGAUACAUUGGCGAGUGUGGCCGCCUUGUUAUUGUUGAACAUGCUGGGACUCCAUUGCGCGAGUUUUACGAUGCGCCUUGGGUAGAUCGCGCACGUCUGGUUUUGGACGUGUUUGACGUUGUCGACAGGCUUCAGAGGCUUAGUCCUGAUUGGUCGAUACUUUUUACCGACCUACAUUCGGAUAAUUUCGCUGUAUCGCCUUCGGGGGAGCUAGUGAUAGUGGAUUUGGAAGAUAUACUGGUUCUAGACAAACAUCUGAAACAAAAUGCCGGGAGAACGAGAAAAACACGAAAAUCAUUCAAAGAACUGAAAGAGCUGGCAGACCUGGUGGCUGACGACCCAGACGAAUACUGUCAAGACAUUCCCCAUAGUGAUGUGAUGUAUCUCAGCGUCUGUAUCCUCUUGUUAUCAAAUUGGGAGAAUGCUACCCGUGUCGGGGAAGACGCAAUUGGUAUUGAUGGGAAUAUUGACACCAGCGCUGUGAGGAUAGGUGCACUCCUGGAUGAUCCACCGCCGUCGAUACGAGAUGAACUGGAAACGCUGCUUGCACGGUGUCUGCACGAGAAUUCCAGCGGGGACCGAUUACAUGCAAUUGAACAACUGAGACGAAUUUUGCGCCAAGUGUGGAAUGGAUUCGAAGAUUGAAAUUAUUUUUAAAUAUGGGCUUUUGUGAAAGCUCAGGCAGCUUAUUGGUCGUUUUUGCGGACAUUCGACCUACUGAGUAUUAGGGCG